UGGGUGGCGUCCAGAGAAGCCGUUAUUGCGAAUCUCAAGCUUCUCUCUCAAAUCUUUAUACUGUUUGAUUCGAUUCUUCAUUCUUCGCAUCUCCUUCUUCGCCUUCUCCCUCGUGAUUGCGAUCCCAAGCCUGCCUUCUCUCUAUCUGCCUCCAUUUUCCAGCUUCAAUUUUGGAGAAUGAAGGCAGAAUCUCGCAAACGGAACCUCUGUCUCGCCGUCACGGCGGGUGUGGUGAUCGCGAUCGUCCUAAUCAUAGUGAUUCUAGCAUUCACGGUGUUCAAACCCAGGCGUCCCGUCGACACCAUCGAUUCCAUUACGAUUCAGGAGAUGCACGUCGGCCUCAAUGUGGCCCAGCUCGUCGUCGAUCUAAACAUCACCCUCGGCAUCGAAGCCUCCAUCAAUAACCCCAAUCACGUCGGAUUCAAGUACUCCGACUCCAACGCUCUGCUCAAUUACAGAGGCCAGCUCGUCGGAGAAGCUCCUAUUCCCGCAGGCGAAAUCAAAGCAGGGGAGACCGAGUUCAUCAAAGUCAGUCUCACCAUCAUGGCGAACCGCCUCCUCUCUAAUUCGCAGUUUUUCAAGGAUUAUAUCUCCGGUUCGUUGCCUCUCAGCACUUGGAUUACGACUUCUGGAAAAGUAAGCAUCCUGGGGUUUAUUAAUGUUCAUGUGGUUUCUACUUCGUCAUGUGAUUUUGCGAUCAAUGUUUCCACCAAAACCAUUGGCCAAAAAGAGUGCCGUUACAAAACUGAGCUUUGAUUUGGUGUUCUAGAUCUGCAAUUUCCACUUCUUUUUUCCUAUUUAUCUGACUGAAUCAUCUGCUGUAUAUAUUGCUUUUUGAUAUGUACGCAGAUUUAUCUGUA